UCACAGCAUCUCUCAACAGCUUCCUGGGACCAUCCCUGAUCCGCCAUCCCUUUAAUGACGGGGAGCCCUGGAAACACAUCGACCUCCGUUAUCUCGCAACUAUGGCCGACGUUCCAGCGAUAAUAAACAUCGCGAUUUCAUUGAAAAUCCAACCUAAUGACGGGCCGGUGUUUUAUAAAGUGGAUGGGACCAGGUUCGGCCAGAGCAGGACAAUCAAAUUGCUAACAGGAUCGAAAUACAAAAUCGAGGUGAUCGUGAAACCGGGUAGCGCGGAGGCCACCACAAUGGGGAUCGGUGGAAAGACCUUCCCGUUGGAGCAGCAGUCCAAAGAUGAGGAGCAGAUCAUCUACAAUGGCACCUAUGAUACUGAGGGUGUGCCACACACCAAGAGCGGGGACAGGCAACCAGUGCAGGUCUCCAUAGAGUUCAAAGAUGCCGGCAUGUUUGAGACGGUGUGGCAAGUGAAAUACUACAACUACUACAAGAGAGAACACUGCCAGUUCGGCAACAGCUUCAACUGCAUCGAGUACGAGGCCAAGCCCAACGAGACCCGCAGCCUCAUGUGGAUCAACAAAGAGGUCUUCCUGUAAAACACGAGCGCAGCGGCACAGAAGCAGCAGCAAAUAUGCACAAUAU